AUGUGCGAUAGGCGUAGCUUCUGGGAGCGGCACGAGUACAAGUUCUACAGAUACGGCCACAUAUAUGCGAACAUCUACGGCCAGGUGAUAAUCGAUUAUGUGCCGCAGCGCCAAAUGCGGCCGGCGCUGAAGAAGUUGCUCAUCGGCUACAGCCAUGUGCUCAGCCUGCUGCUGAUUGUCGUGCUGCCCUGCUACUUUGGCUAUAAUUAUCGAGCGCUGACGGCAGCGGAUGACAGGCGCAUGCAGCUGGUGCUGUACGUAUCGUUUGCCAAUACGCUCAUCAAAUACGCGACGGUCAUAGUCACCUACAUGGCCAACACGUUCCACUUUAAGGCCAUCAAUCAUGGCUGCACGCUGCAGCGGGCCCGCCUGGAAGCGGCUUUCGCCGCCAGCUACCGUGGUCCCAGAUGGCCCAAGCGCAGCUUUGAGCGUUUCAUGUACUUCAAGUUCGUGCUGAUUAACAUCAUGAUGAUUGCCCAGGUGUGCGGCUUAUUUGCGACGGCCGGCGCCGCUGGCGGGCAGCUUCGCACACAGUUUGCCAUUUACUCGUUCGUGUUGUGGAACUACACGGAGAACAUGGCCGACUAUUUCUACUACAUUAACGGCAGUGUGCUCAAGUACCUGCGCCUGCUGCAUCUCCAGCUGUGUGCCGCUCUUGGUCAGCUGCGGCGUCUGCAAUCGCAGCCGCUGCGGCGUGAAUUGUGGAUGAAGCAUUGUGAACGGCUCUCGAAUCGGAUUGCCAGGCUGCGUGCACGUUUCGGGGAUAUACACGCCCUCUAUGUGGGCAGCUUUCGGAUGCAUCAGUUCCAGCUGCUUGGUCUGAUGCUGACCACGCUGAUCAACAAUCUCACCAAUUUCUUUACCAUCUUCAAUAUGCUCGCCACACACUCCCUCGCGAAUGUCUCCUAUUCGAUUGUGGUCAGCGGCCUCUAUGCGUUCGGCUUCUAUGUGGACACCUACAUAGUCACCCUGAUGAACGAGCAUAUCAAGGUGGAGCAGACCCGUCUCGCACUCACCGUGCGUCGGUUCUGCGACUAUCCGACGCUGGCAACGCCAAGGAGAAGUCUAAGCCAAGAGCUGGAACAGUUCUCUCUGCAGCUGCUGCAAUAUCGACAGCCCAUGCUGUGCGGGCUGCUGCAUUUGGACCGGCGGCUCAUCUAUAUCAUUUCGGUGACGGCCUUCUCCUAUUUCAUAACGCUCGUCCAAUUCGAUAUCUAUCUGCGCUCGACCAAGUAG